CAUCAACACAACCUCCACAAGAGAGUAGUACUGAAGCUAUGCUGAAACAAUUAUUGGAGGGACAAACAAGAAGUGAGAAACAAUUAGGGUAUGAGCUGAAAAAUCUCCACAACAAGAUUGAUGGGAAUUACCAUGAUCUAAACAACAAGUUCAAAGCCUUGGAGAACCAGUUUGUCUCUAUGACAGCCAGCUCAAGUCGCCAACAAGCUUCCCUACCUGGAAAGGCUGAACAAAACCCAAAGGAGACAAUGAAGGCAAUCACCCUAAGGAGUGGAAGAGAGUUACCUCCUAAAGUUCUCAUUAAGGAUAAUGAGAAACAAGGUGGGGAGGUGGUCAUCAAUGUAGAUGAUGAUGUGGUGAUUGUGGAUGAGAAGACUAAUGAGGAAAUCUUGGAGAAGAUAGUUGAAGCUAAGGGCAAGAGAAAGAUGGGAGAGGAGAAAGUUGAGAACAAAAAUGAGGCUGCUACAUCAACAAAGGAGAAAUUGUUCACUCCUCCUCCCUAUGAGCCGAAGCUUCCCUUUCCUGGAAGAUUCAAGAAGCAACUUCUAGAGAAGUACAAAGCCUUGUUUGACAAGCAAAUGAGUGAAGUUCAGCUCACCAUGCCCAUAAUUGAUGCAUUUAUGCUAGUUCCACAAUACAACAAGUUCUUGAAAGAUGUUGUAGAACAAAAGAAGAAAGAGAUGGAAGGGAUGGUGAUUCUUACUCAUGAGUGCAGUGCCAUUAUUCAGAGACUGACUGUCCCAAGGAAGCUAGAAGACCCUGGUAGUUUCAUCCUGCCAUGCGCCAUUGGACCUUUGACAUUUGAGAAAUGUCUAUGUGAUUUGGGAGCAAGUGUCAGCCUCAUGCCACUAUCCAUUGCCAAGAAGCUUGGGUUUACACAAUAUAAAAAGUGCAAGAUCUCUUUGGUGCUAGCUGAUCGAUCUGUCAAGCUCCCCAUUGGCAUCCUAGAAGAUCUUCCUGUCAAGAUAGGAAAUUGUGAAGUGCCUACUGACUUUGUAGUGCUUGAGAUGGAUGAAGAGCCUAGAGAUCCUUUGAUCUUUGGAAGACCUUUCUUGGCAACUGCUGGAGCAAUGGUGAAUGUGAGAGAUGGCACAAUUGAUCUCCACCUUGGAAAAGAUCACAUUCUCCAUUUUGAUAUCAAGGAGAUGAUGAAGAAUCCCACAACUCAAGGAGAAAUAUUCUACAUUGAUGAGAUGGAUGCUUUGGCUGAUGAUUUCCUUGAGGAGUUAGCGAUUGAGGACUCUCUUCAACAUGCCCUGACCAUUGAAAGAGAGUCCCAAAUGAUUGAAAACAAGGAGAGUGAUGAGCUAGUAAGAAGGCUAGAUGUUCACCUUGAGGAGGAUGGAGAAGAUGAGUUCAUGGAGUUGCCACAAAUGACUCAACAUGCUGCCUCAGCAGACAUUCAAGAGAACCUCCAUGAAGCUGAUUGGAGUGAGCUCAAGGCACCAAAAGUGGAGCUUAAACCUCUUCCCCAUGGUGUAAGGUACGCUUUCCUUGGACCUAAUGAGACAUAUCCUGUCAUUGUGAGUAGUGAGCUGACUGAGAAUGAAUUGUCUAUGCUUUUAAAUGAACUUAAAAAGUAUAGAAAAGCACUAGGAUACUCACUUGAUGACAUUAAAGGAAUCUCACCAUCUUUGUGCAUGCAUAGGAUACAUCUAGAGGAUGAAUCUAAAACUUCAAUUGAACACCAAAGAAGAUUAAAUCCUAAUUUGAAAGAUGUUGUUAAAAAAGAGAUAAUCAAAUUGUUAGAUGCUGGUGUGAUCUAUCCUAUCUCUGAUAGCAAUUGGGUUUCACCUGUGCAUGUAGUUCCUAAAAAAGGUGGCAUAACAGUUGUUAAGAACGAAAAUGAUGAGUUAAUACCAACAAGAACAAUAACUGGACAUAGGAUGUGCAUUGACUAUCGAAAACUGAAUGCAGCCUCUAGAAAGGAUCAUUUCCCUUUACCAUUCAUUGAUCAGAUGUUAGAGAGGCUAGCUAACCAUCCUUAUUAUUGUUUCCUUGAUGGAUACUCUGGAUUUUUCCAAAUCCCUAUACACCCAAAUGACCAAGAGAAAACGACAUUCACUUGUCCUUAUGGUACCUUUGCAUAUCGAAGGAUGCCAUUUGGACUGUGCAAUGCACCAGCAACAUUCCAAAGAGCAAUGAUGUCAAUUUUCUCUGAUCUUAUUGAGGAUGUAAUGGAGGUGUUUAUGGAUGAUUUUUCUGUAUAUGGUUCUUCGUUUGCUACUUGUUUGUCAAAUCUUUGCAGGGUAUUACAGAGAUGUGAGGACACUAACCUGGUGCUCAAUUGGGAGAAGUGUCACUUCAUGGUCAAGGAAGGGAUUGUUCUUGGACACAAAGUUUCUGAGAAAGGAAUUGAAGUGGACAAAGCCAAGAUAGAUGUCAUGGUUGGUCUAGCUCCACCAAGAACAGUGAAGGAUAUAAGAAGCUUUCUGGGUCAUGCCGGUUUCUAUAGAAGAUUCAUCAUGGAUUUCUCUAAGAUAGCUAGACCAUUGACCAGGCUGUUAUGCAAAGAAGCUGCAUUUCACUUCGAUGAGGAGUGUAUGGAAGCUUUCAAAAACCUGAAGAAUGCACUCAUCAGUGCACCCAUAGUUCAACCGCCAGAUUGGGAUCUCCCCUUUGAGAUCAUGUGUGAUGCAAGUGACUUUGCUGUAGGAGCAGUCCUAGGCCAGAAGAGAGACAAGAAGUCACAUGUGAUCUACUAUGCAAGUAGAACCCUUGAUGAAGCUCAAGCUAAAUACUCUACAACUGAGAAGGAGCUAUUGGCCAUUGUCUUUGCAUUUGAGAAGUUCAGAAGCUACUUGGUUGGGUCAAAGGUGACUGUCUACACUGAUCAUGCUGCAUUGAGACACCUCUUAGCCAAGAAAGAUGCAAAACCAAGACUGCUGAGGUGGAUUCUGCUGCUAUAAGAGUUUGAUCUUGAGAUCAAGGACAGGCCUGGAGUUGAGAAUGGAGUAGCUGAUCACCUGUCCAGGUUGAAGGUGGAGUGUGGAAUCCCUAUUGAUGACAGACUUCCAGAAGAGAAAAUGAUGGCUAUUCA